CAAAACACAACCGACCAAGCAACCCCACGCAAACCCAGAGGCUGCAGUGUCGUCGCCUUUCGCACGGAGGUGGGACGAGCUGCGAAUUGUGGAAAUGUAUGGAAAAUGGGAUCAGAGGGGGUCCCAGGAUUCUUGAGCUGAGCCCAGCUGACAAGCUUUUGAAGAUGGCACAAUAACAGUCCAGUGAUGCCUGACCAUGACAGCACAGCCCUCUUAAGCAGGCAAACCAAGAGAAGAAGAGUUGACAUUGGAGUGAAAAGGACGGUAGGGACAGCAUCUGCAUUUUUUGCAAAGGCAAGAGCAACGUUUUUUAGUGCCAUGAAUCCCCAAGGUUCAGAGCAGGAUGUCGAGUAUUCAGUGGUGCAGCAUGCAGAUGGGGAAAAGUCAAAUGUACUCCGCAAGCUGCUGAAGAGGGCGAACUCGUAUGAAGAUGCCAUGAUGCCUUUUCCAGGAGCAACCAUAAUUUCCCAGCUGUUGAAAAAUAACAUGAACAAAAAUGGUGGCACGGAGCCCAGUUUCCAAGCCAGCGGUCUCUCUAGUACAGGCUCAGAAGUACAUCAGGAGGAUGUAUGCAGCAACUCUUCAAGAGACAGCCCCCAAGAGUGUCUUUCCCCUUUUGGCAGGCCGACUAUGAGCCAGUUUGAUGUGGAUCGGUUAUGCGAUGAGCACCUGAGAGCUAAACGCGCCCGGGUUGAGAAUAUAAUUCGGGGUAUGAGCCAUUCCCCCAGCGUGGCAUUAAGGGGCAAUGAAAACGAAAGAGAAAUAGCUCCGCAGUCCGUGAGCCCCCGAGAAAGUUACAGAGAAAACAAGCGCAAGCAGAAGCUGCCGCAGCAGCAGCAGCAGAGCUUCCAGCAGCUGGUUUCGGCGAGGAAAGAGCAGAAGCGAGAGGAGCGCAGACAGCUGAAGCAGCAGCUGGAGGACAUGCAGAAGCAGCUGCGCCAGCUGCAGGAGAAGUUCUACCAGAUCUACGACAGCACUGACUCUGAAAAUGAUGAAGAUGGCAACCUGUCUGAAGACAGCAUGCGCUCCGAAACCAUGGACGCGAGGGCGGGCGACUCCGUCGGCAGGUCAGACAAUGAGUUGUGUGAGCUGGACCCGGGGCAGUUCAUCGACCGGGCGCGGGCCCUCAUCCGCGAGCAGGAGGUAGCGGAGAACAAGCCAAAAAGAGAAGGUCCCAAGGAGAAGGAGCAAGGGCCGAACGCCUUCCACCCUGAAGGCAAACAUUUGGCCGAGACACUGAAGCAGGAGUUGAACACCGCCAUGUCGCAAGUUGUGGACACGGUGGUCAAAGUUUUCUCCUCCAAGCCCUCCCGCCAGCUUCCUCAGGUCUUCCCGCCCCUCCAGAUCCCACAGGCCAGGUUCGCUGUUAAUGGGGAGAACCACAACUUCCACACGGCCAACCAGCGCCUGCAGUGCUUUGGGGACGUCAUCAUUCCCAACCCCCUCGACACCUUCGGCAGCGUCCCCAUGCCCGGCGCCACCGACCAAACCGAGGCGCUGCCCCUUGUCGUCCGCAAAAACUCCUCUGACCAAGCGGCCUCGGCCCCGCCGGCGGGCGGCCAUCACGCCUCGCUGCAUCAGUCCCCGCUCUCGGCCACCGCUGGCUUCUCCACCUCCUCCUUCCGACACCCCUUCCCGCUGCCCCUCAUGGCCUACCCCUUCCAGAGCCCCCUGGGCGCGCCGUCGGCCUCCUUCCCAGGGAAAGACCGCUCCUCCCCUGAAUCCCUUGACCUGACGCGUGAGACCACCAGCCUGAGGACCAAGAUGUCGUCGCACCACAUGAACCACCACCCUUGCUCGCCGGCACACCCCCCCAGCGCCGCCGAGGGUCUCUCCUUGUCCCUCAUCAAGUCAGAGUGCGGCGACCUGCAAGACAUGUCUGAAAUCUCACCCUACUCGGGAAGUGCAAUGCAGGAAGGCUUGUCACCGAAUCACUUGAAAAAGGCCAAGCUCAUGUUCUUUUACACCCGGUACCCAAGUUCCAAUAUGCUGAAAACCUACUUCUCAGAUGUAAAGUUCAACAGAUGCAUUACCUCUCAGCUCAUCAAGUGGUUUAGCAAUUUCCGUGAGUUUUACUACAUUCAGAUGGAGAAGUAUGCACGGCAAGCCAUCAACGACGGGGUCACGAGCACUGAGGAGCUGUCUAUAACCAGAGACUGUGAGCUGUACAGGGCUCUGAACAUGCACUACAAUAAAGCAAAUGAUUUUGAGGUUCCAGAGAGAUUCCUGGAAGUGGCUCAGAUCACAUUACGGGAGUUUUUCAAUGCCAUUAUCGCAGGCAAAGAUGUUGAUCCUUCCUGGAAGAAGGCCAUAUACAAGGUCAUCUGUAAGCUGGACAGUGAGGUCCCCGAGAUUUUCAAAUCCCCAAACUGCCUACAAGAGCUUCUUCAUGAGUAGAGAGUUCAGCAGCUAUUUAUGAAUGUAUGAAAGUAGCAGUCCCCUUCUGAUGCCCAAGUCAUGUGUGUCCCUAUUUUAAUUUCAUAUAUAUGUGUAUUGCAUACAUAUAUAUAUGUAUAUGAAAUUCGACUGUGAUCCCUCAUGGAUUUAAGUUUUCAGUUCCGAGGGGAUGGUUAUUUUACUUCAGCCUUUGGUUUACUUUGCCCGAGACCCUUAACAUUUGAAGAAUCAACGGGGUUAAUUUUCAGGGAGAAGAGUUUGGAAGAGUGUAAAAGCCUGUCUUAGCAAGUUAGGGCAUUAUGUUUAAAAAUGCUUUGUCAGAUUUAUUGCUUGCUGCAAAGUGGCAUUUUGUCUUAGUGAGACUAAUGUCAUGGCACAAUACUACAGACAAUGAAGUUUAUAUUACGUUUAUACUGCUAAAGGUCUGAACUCUGUGGAGUCAUUUCAUAAGCUUGGAGCUUUCUUUCCUUUUUUUUUUUGUAUUUUAUAUACUUUUUAACCAAGAACCAGAUUUGGUUUCGUACUUCAAAAAAAAACCCACAACAAACCCUAAAAAUACAACAUCCAUUUCAGGUACUCACUCCUAGAAGUGAUAACCCCAAAAGCAAACCCUAUUCUUCAUGCUUUCCUUACAGAAAUGAUGGAUAUCCUGCACCACUAAGCAACACGCCAGGUUGUUGUUCUAAGUUGCAGCAAGGGAUGUUUGCACAAAUCAAAUCUUGCAGGGUGAGGCCAGUAAUUCAUGCACAAUUUUAUACCAACCCCACUAAUCCUGGAAUAUGGUCAGCUUAUUAAAGUGGAAGCAUUUCACUCUCCAUAGACUAAAAAUGAAACCUUCAGAGUCCUAUAUUGCCAUGUCUCUGUCUUGAAGUGGCAUCAGUCCCUAAAUGUAUUAUUUUCUUAGUCCAUUCUGCCCCCCCAAAUCCCCUUUCCAAUAUGCAAAGUUUUUGUCUGUUGUUUAACAUCUGUCCUGAAAAGCACUUUUUUGGAAUGAUCUUAGAUCUAGUAGAAUAAAAGCAUCUUCACCUCACAGCCCUGAGGAAAAGGGACAAAAGACUUGUUUGUAGCUGUAAAAAAGAAUCAGUCUCUUCCUUAUCAGAGGAAUAAGAACUGCAUUUUCAUAAAAACUUAAUCAAUCAUAUGCAAAAUUGGCAGAGUCCUCCUGUCCCUGCGGGGUUCCGAUAGCUACAUUGGGGGGUUAAAAUGACAGUAAGUGCAGAUGUAAAACAUAAGAGAUCUGUUUUAGCAAUGGGCUGCACUUGUCUCCUGAAGCUGGAGCUAGUCUUGGCCAAAAUCUGAGUGUAAAGUCCACAGUGAACCUGGGUUUGCCUGAAUGCUGUAUCAGCAGGCAGACAGCAAGCGAGCCGCUAGUUCUCGUGCUUUCAUCAGUGGCUCUCCUUUUCUCGUGUUUUCAGAAAGACACUGGCUCCACAAGUUUGGGGGAAGGUUCAGUAUGCUGUGGCACUCUGUGUUUGUCCUUUUCUCUGUCAUCUUUUGUAUGGAUGCAGUAAGAAUUUAUUGUUAUCAUCAACAGUCUUUUCCCCUACAUAAUUCAAUCUGAAUCUUGAGGAAGUUCCUAAUUAGCUGCGAAUUAUAUUUAGACCAUUGAGGAUAUUGGGAUCUUAUUUCUUUAUUUUCAGAUUACAUUUUGAUUUUGGAGAGUGAAAGUUUACCCACGUGACUGAAGAGCUGACCUGAUCAUUGCAAUUCCACUUCAUUUACAAAUACUGCUGAUAGACAGAAAAGUAUGAAAGCAAUUAUUGUUAGCAUAAAGCCUUACAAACCUGCUGACUUCAAAUUAAACAGCACAAGCCUACGAUUCCCUGUCAUUCUUUUCAAGCACUGGCAGUAUCUGUGGAGUAUAGGCAAUGCAGACAAUAGCAUGGGAUGAAGUGCCAACAUUUUCACUAUGCAUUAAAAGCAAAACAAAUCUUCUUGAUCUUAGACUCCCUGAGAGUACCUAAUACUGCACUUAUCCUUCAUAGACAGGAUGUGUCUUUUUCUUCCUUUUCUUCUGUUUUAUUUUCUUUCAUUUUCUUAAUUUCUUUUUUUUUAAUGCAUGAUUUGGUAAACAUUACACUUCACAAAGAUGUAACUCCAGUGAAUUCUGAGUAAGAAAAGAUGAAAAUUGUGUUCAUGCACUUUUUUGAUUUAUGGGAAGAAGUGGCAUAAAUGCUCAAGUUUGAACCCAGUAAGUUCAUCAUUGGCAUCCCAUCAGAUACUGCAUUGUCACCUUGAACAUAAGAAAGCAAAGCCAUACUUUAGUCAUACUAUGUGGACAUACUACUAGCUACCAUCUCAAUAUGUGAUUUUACCAUUGCUUUUAUUAUGUUUAUUAUUAUUAUUAUUAAUAUUAUUGUGGAUGUUAUUAUUAUUAUUAUUAUUAUUUGGCUGCAAUGUGAUUCACAUAAUCUAAAUAAGUGAAAUUGUGUACUCAACACUUGAUGUUGUUGCAUUUAUUUAUUUAUUUAUGGGUAGCAUAAUCUCAAUAGUAAAUGAGGCAUAGGAAUUAAGAGUAGAAAUUUCAUCGUAAAAGCAAAAUAAAAACCUCCUUUGUCUGAAAAAGGAAUAAAUGAGAAUUCGAUCAUUUCAGUUACGUGGUUUUUCUGCAUUUUAUAGCCAUAUUGCCUUUGUGCCUCCCAAUACACCUAAAAUUAGAAAUACAUGGAAGAGCUCCUACUAAAUUGCAAGUAGAAACCAGUCUCUUUCAGACGACCUCAAUACGAAAUGGCUAAAAGGCAGGAGGCUACUUUUAUAGUAAUGAAAAGUUUACACAGGGAAAGAAUUGCAAAACCCCUGUAGAAACCCCAUGUUGCCAUUCAUUUACUGCUAAUUCAGAUUUAUUUCUGCAUAUAAACUUGAGGUUAUAGUCUGUGCCUAGACCUUUAAUGCACCAGCGGAAGGAGAAAACAAAAUCCUUCAAAAUACCAGUUUUUCCCCCCACAAGUACAAUUGUUCUUGUGCCUUCUGUGGCUUACAAUUUUCAUCUUUUAAACUUUAUUUGUCAAUUCCUACAGCUGCAAUAAACACUGAUUUUGGUUGGGUUUUCUUUUUCCGGCUGUUUGACAUGAUGUUGAUAGCUAUGCAUAUUUUGUGUCUUUUUAAGAAUUAAAAAAAAAAAAAAAAAAGAAAAGAAAACAAAAAUACCCACCCCACAAAUAAUAGAGAAAAAAAACACAAAAAAAAAAGAAAAAAAAAAGAGAAAAAAAUAACACAAAAACAAAGCAGGAGAAUACGUUUUUGAAGCAGAGAAUUUUUAGAACAGUUUGAUAACGCAAAUUAUUUUUUCUCAAUCGUUUGAGCAGCAUUCGAGUUUUGGAAAUUCUUGUAGAAGCCAAUUUUUUGUAACUGUGGUGCAAAUCUUGUGUUUUCUUAGCCUGAGGAGAAGUAGUAUAGAAGCAAUAUUUCAUACGUGACAUGUGUGCAUAUACAUAUACAUAUGUGGUCACGCACACGGGCGGAACGUGCGGGUGCAUGUAUGUAUGUAUGUAUGUAUACACAGCAACACACACAAAAUAUGCGUAUGAAGUGAAAAGCUUACCUUUUUCCUAUCUAGAUUAAGAAUUAAACCUAUUUUAGACAUUUGUUAUGUUUUGUGAAAAGAAUGUUCUAUUUGCAACUAGAAAACAUUGAAUUCUUACUGUAUCUCUGGUUGUUUAAUGGGAACGUUUCACAUUUAAUGGUAAACACGUGGAAGAUGUUAGAAUGUAGUAAUUAUUUAAGGAAGUGUUCACCCAUGUAUUCCUGAGGUUUGCUUUGUGCCUCUGAGUAUUAUUUAAUUCAAGUGUUUUUAAGUUUGCAGAAUCUUUGUUACUGUACCAGGUAUGUGGGUGAACAUUGCAAAUCGAGGGGAACUUUUAUAAAGCAAUGUAAAUAUUCAACCUUAACGGCUGUUCUUGCAUAAAGACAUAAGAUUUUAAUAACUACAUUCUGAAAACAUCUGUUGAAUUUAUAAGAAACACUACAGUAACUGUGUAGAUAGUUGAAAGCAUUCUUGAAAAUCCAGCUCUCUACUUGAAAGAGUUAAGUCUCUUUCAUCAGAUGUCAAGGGAAUGGGUAAUACAGUUUCUGUAAAAUUGCAGAUUUCUUUUUCUAUGUAUAUGAAGUCAGUUAAUAGAAAAAAAAUGUUGUUUUUUUUUUUCCACAGGUUAAUAUUAAUUAAGAAAUAAAGGUGAAGAUUUUGUGGCUUUAAAGAUAGGAUUUUCACCAGCAGCAUUGAAAGAUUAUACAUAUAUAUAUAUAUAUACACACACAGAAAGAUAUAUAUAUAUAUUAAAAAUGGAAAGUGGUUUACAAAACCCCCAAAAUGAGCACUGUACAUGAGAAGUGAAAGCAAAAACUAUAUUUGCCAUGUGUAUUAUAUAGCAGUCAUUGGUGUUAAUAGUGCAAAUGUUUCCUUCUGGUACCAACUAUGUGUUUGAAAAUUCCAAUACGCAUUGUUUUCAAAAAGCUCCCCUUAAGGAAUGUAACUGGUUUAUAUGAGUAAGCAGUUACUGUAUUGCACUUAAAUGUUCUGUUGAAGGAAAUGCAAUUUUGUUUUCUGUAGAACUGUUGGUUGUAAACCAUCUAUAAACGGAAGCUAAAAAAUGCUCAUAUUUUGAGCUGGGAUGAAAACUGGUAUUUAACCUUUGUAUCUUCUUAGGAAUAUCCUUUUUAGUGUAUGAAAGGUGGUGGCACUCUGACUUCAUGGAGUCUUUUCAUCUGAGCCAGUCACCUCUCUCCCGAAGCAGCCACCUUCCAAAUGCACAAAUAUCCUGGGAUAUGUAGAAACAAAUCUAGAAGAAACAGCGAGCUUACAUUUUUUCUCUUAAAUGCCUCCUUUCUGCAUUAAUUGUACCACUCGAGUGAGAUAUUAGACAACCACAAGAACCAUCUCAUGACCACAGAACAUCUAAGAGUCAGAAGUUAAACACGAAGGCAAAAACAAAAAAGCCUCUUUAGGUUGCUUUUAAUGCUGCCCAGAAGAGUCAAAGGUUAAGGUUUAAACUGAUAUUGUCCCAGCCAUUACUCAUAUGUAUAUAGUUACAAAAGUGACAAAACACUGCCUUUAUAUUAUUUAGCAAUAUGUUGUAAAUAGCAUUAUUAAGCUCUUUUUUUUGUAAUAAAGACCCUUUAAUUUGAAGAUAGUUCAAUAACUGAGAAAGUCAAUUUUGGAUUUAUUUUUCUUUUUUCUUUUUAAUUUUAUUUUUUAGCUAGAGGCAAUUUCAACUGUGGAUUUUUUUUUUCUUUUUUUUGUUGUUGUCUGUUGUUCUGAAGACUUUGCAUAAUUUAUUGGUUUAAUUUAUCCUAAUUUAUUUGAUGGUGUACAAUUUUGUAUUACCAAGGAUGUACUGUAAUAUUAAUUGAUGACAAGAUAAAACAAUAAGACUCCCCUGUCUGUUUGGGAAACAAAAGGUGCAGUAGACAAUUGAUUGAUAAAAAGUUACAAUUCUAGCUUGGCAGCUACUAAAUUUAAGAGAAACACAGGAAAAAUGUUUGGGGGGGGAUGGAUUUUAUUUUGUGUGUUUAAAGCUUUUGUAUACUCUCCAGACUUUUACCUUUUUGCUUUGUACCACUUAAAGGAUACAGUAGUUCAAUUGCCUUGUGUGCCUUCCAUCUUCUCUAAACUGAAUGUAUGUGCAGUAUAUAUGCAAGCUUGUGCAAAAUAAAAUAUAAAUUACAAGCUCA